AUGAGCGUGUUUAAGUGGAAAGUGUUGGUGAUUCUCUGCUCAUGUGUUCUCUUUCGGACAAUCUUGAGCAGCACCGUGCCGAUAAGGGUCGAAUCGGUGGAAUCAAAGGCUGCAGAUCGCCCAAAAUUCACAGGACUUCUUCCUAUAGUGCGACAUUGCGUGCGACAGAGUGAGAUUAUCGGUUGUUUCAAGAACUAUGCGAUAGAGAAGCUGGACAAUGCGAUUGAAAGUGAUCGUUCAUAUGUCAUCAAUGAAUUCAUAUCCAUCAAACGUGAUCCAAAUUACCAGCGCGAAUUGGCAGAGUCUGGAGAAAGCGAAAGGAGUAUUAAUCAGAUUCUCUUCUCGCGGAUUCGAGAUUUUAUCGCUUCACGGAUAAUCAGCAUAAAGUUCACACCUAACUUCAUGGAAGAAGGUCGCAAGAAAAAAUACGGCGGAGGAAAGCAUGGUCAUGGGAUGAUGAUGGGCGGCUUUGCCAUGGUAGGUAUGAUGCUUCACUUAGUCCUGGGAAAGCUCGCCUUCCUGGCCGGAGCGGCUCUUCUGAUGGCCAAGAUGUCCCUGUUCUUGUCACUCAUGGGUUCCAUGAAGAAAUUGGUCACCGGAGGAAGCUCUGGCGAUAGUCACGUCGUCGUCACUGAACACGGACACGGUCACGGCGGUGGUUAUGGUGGAAACGGAUGGCAGCGAAGCAUCAAUUCGCGGACACCCGAUGGAGAUCAGCAAUUGCCCUACAAAGGCUACACAUCGAGCGAAUUGGCCGGCGUGUAG